GUUUGCUCUGCAACAAAGAGUGCGUGUCUUUAUGCCUUGCAGUGGAGACUGCAUUUCCCACAGUGCAUCUGUGAUGGAAACACAAAAGGCAAGUGGGAUGCAGGUUCUGCUACCCCCGGUGCAUCAGAGAAGCAUCUCUGGUUGGCUGGGGCUGCUCCCCAAUUACCCCUGGGUGCUUGGGCACAGGGCCCUCUCGGUAUGAAUCCAGCAGCUGACGGGCUCGAGCAUGAGAACGAAGAGACGAAUCCCUGGCAGGGAGGUCCGGAGCAUGCGGAACCACGCGGGGCGUUCUCGGGAAGAUCCGAAGGGAUUGCUUCUCAGGGGGGGAAAACCGGGGAGAGUCGGCGCAGGUCCGGGAGGCAGCACCCAGCAAAGCAAGAGGAUAAACGUGCCUGCCAUCGGCGAGCUCUCAAGGGACCCCAAGACAGCAACGCGGUCGCCGCCGAGAAACCCUAUAAAUGCAGCGUGUGCGGCAGGAGCUUCUCUCAGAGCUCCAACCUCCUGACUCACCAGAGGCUGCACACGGGCGAGAGACCCUAUAAAUGCACCAGCUGCGGGAAAAGCUUCAACACUAGCUCAGCCCUCAUCGUGCACCGCCGGACCCACACCGGGGAGAAAUCCUACCGCUGCCCCGACUGCGGGCGGAGCUUCAGCGAGGGCUCGGUGCUGAUCAAGCACUGGCGGACCCACACGGGUGAGAAGCCCUACAAGUGCUCCCACUGCGGGAAAGGCUUCAGCCAGAGCUCCAACCUGCACGCCCACCAGCGGGUCCACACCGGGGAGCGGCCCUACCACUGCGCCGACUGUGGGAAACACUUCAGCACCAGCUCCAACCUCAGCGCCCACCAGCGGGUCCACACCGGGGAGCGACCCUACAAAUGCCCCGAGUGCGGGCGGAGCUUCAGCCAGCAAUCCAACCUGAUCUCCCACCAGAGGACCCACCUUGAGGAGAAAUCCCACCUAUGCUCUGACUGCGGAGAAGGCUUCAGCACCAACGCCCAGCUCCUGACCCAUCGGAGGAGCCACGCGGGCGACAGGCCUUAUAAAUGUCCUGACUGCGAGAAAAGCUUCCCCAGCCGCUCCGCCCUGAUCACCCAUCAGAGGACCCACACGGGAGAAAAACCCUACGAAUGUCCCGAUUGCCAGCGGGGCUUCACCCGGCGCUCGGACCUCAAUAAGCACCGCCGGGUCCACACGGGGGAGAGACCCUUUAGGUGUGCCAGCUGUGGGAAAAGCUUCAGCCAGAGCUCCCACCUCAUUACCCAUAAGAGACUCCAUGAGGAGGCAAAGCCCUAUAAAAGUUGCGUGAGCACCACGCCGACAGUCCUCCAGGAACACGAUUCCGGUAAAGAUACCCAGAGCCGGAGAAGCGUCAGCCAGAGCUCGGCAGAGACCAGCGAUGGGGAAUCCCACCUAGCGGGGAAGCCCCAUCAAUGCCCCGACUGCGGGGAAAGGUUCGACACCAGCUCCGAGCUCAAUGUGCAUCGGCGAACGCACCCACAGGAGAAAUCUCAUCCACGUGCUAACGCCGUGCAAAGGUUGAGUGGCUCCAAUCACAAUGCACGAGAGGGAGCUGACCCAGAGGAGGAAGCUGAUCUGGGGAAAAGAUUGAAGGCGAGCCCAGCACCCCCCAAUACACAUCCCAAAACCCCGCUGGAGGAAGUGUUCUCUCCGUGCAUUAGCACUGAGCAAAGCCCCCAACCCACCAGCUCCAACGUCAGUGCACGUCAGAGAUCCCACUCAGAGGGGGAAUCCUUUCCAUGCACUGGUACGGAGCAGAGCCCAGUGCCAGCUGCCCGCCAGGCAGAGCCAAGGGGCCGCAAGGCGCGCUCUGAUCCGAGCUCGGCCCCUCCGCACCGUCCAGCGGCAAAGCCCUUCAGGUGCUCCGAAUGCGGGAAGAGCUUCAGCCAGAGCUCCAACCUGAUCAAACACCAGCGGACCCACACGGGGGAGCGCCCCUACACCUGCGCCGUCUGCAAGCGGAAUUUCAACACCAGCUCGACGUUGAUUGUACACCGCCGGACCCACACUGGGGAAAAAUCCUAUCGGUGCCCCGACUGCGGGCGCAGCUUCCGGGACAGCUCCGUACUGAUCAAACACCAGAGGAUCCACACGGGAGAGAAACCCUACAAAUGCUCCCACUGCGGGAAAGGCUUUGCCCAGAGCUCCAAUCUUCACGCCCACCAGAGGACACACACCGGGGAGCGGCCCUACCACUGCCCCGACUGCGGGCGGGGCUUCAGCCAGCGCUCCAACCUCAUCACCCACCAGAGGACCCACACGGAGGAGAAAUCCUACCUCUGUCCCAACUGCGGGGUUGGCUUCGGUUCCCGCCCGGCCCUGGCAGCCCAUCAGAGGGCCCACGCAGAGGGCAGGCCCCACCAAUGCUCCGACUGCCAGAGGAGCUUCGCCCGGCGCUCAGACCUCGUUAAGCACUGGCGGACCCACACAGGAGAGAGACCCUACCUGUGCCCCCAGUGCGGGAGAAGUUUCAGCCAGAGCUCCCACCUGGUGGUCCAUCAACGAUCGCAUCUGCCGGAGAAGCCUUACAAAUGCACCGACUGUGGGAAAAGCUUCAGCACCAGUUCUCACCUCCUUGCCCACCAAGGGACCCACACAGCGUAGCCACCUGGCACUGGUGUGGUCCUAGAAAUGUCAGGCUGGACUGGGCCUCGAGAGGACAUCCAGUCCAGCCCCACCAGCGGAGGCAGGACCAAAUACACCUAGCCCAUCCCUGACAGGUGUUUGUCCAACCUGCUCUUAAAAACCUCCAGUUGGUGAGAGUCCCUCAAUCUCCAUAGGUCGCCUGUUCCAGAGCCGAACUCCCCUUAAGUGUUAGAAAGUUUUUCCACAUAUCUGGUCUAAAUCUUCCUUGCUCCAGAUCAAGCCAAUUACUUCCACUGGGACAAAUAAUACUGUUGCCUUCCUAUAAAUCACUUUUCACCUGUAGAGUUCAAAGCACUUCCCAAUUUCUAAUCUAUAUAUCCUCACAGCACCCCUGAGAUGUAGGGAAGUGCUAUUAUCCCCCGUUUUACAGAUGGGGGACUGAGAUGCAGAGAAGCUAGGUGGCUAACUUGAGAUCAGACAGGAAACCCGUGGCCCAGCAGGAAGGUGAAACUGACUUGCCCAUGUCCUAAGCCAGAGCCUUUACCAUUGGACCAUCCUUGCCCUCAGGUAGCUGAAAUCAUAGGCACUGACUUUCUAAUGUGCCAGGGGAUGCUCGCCCCUGCUCCACACCAGGCCCCGCCCCCACUCCACUCCUUACCUCGAGGCCCCACCCCCACCGUACCUGUUCCAGCCCCCUUCCCUGAGCGCAUCUUGCCCUCGCUCCUCCCCGUCCCCCCAGUGCCUCCUGCAUGCCGGGGAACAGCUGAUCCACGGCGGGCUGGAGGUGCCGGGAGGGACGGGGAGGUGCUGAUGGGGGGGAGCACCCAUCACUUUUUUCCUGUGGGUGCUCCAGCCCUAGAACACCCACAGAGUUGGUGCCUAUGGCUCAAAGAGGGGAGGAAUGGGGCACUGGGGGGAGAUCUGGAUUCUGGAUUCUCCCUUUGUGACCUUGAGCAAGGUACUUAGGGACCAUCCACACUGUCGUUGUAAUUCCCAGUUUGGGUAGAUGUACACACCCUCGCUUUGAUCAAGCUAGUGUGCUCAAAAUAACAGCCAUGCUGCCGCAGCAUGAGCUAGCAGCUGGAGUACAAUCCUAUCCGAGACCCUAGCUACGUACUCAGGUGGCUAGCCAGUCCUGUCCCCCUCCCCCCAUCCCAUGGCAGCUACACUAGGAGUGGCGGAAGGUUCCUAAAGAGGGGGGGGCAUUGGCGCUUGAACCGUGGCCCCACCCUCAUGCUGCCCCUUCUCCCCAAGGCCCCGCCCUCGUGCCGCCCCUUCCCCUCAGUCUCUGCCCCACCUCACCUCUUCCCUCCAUGACCCCGCCCCCUGCUCACUCCUCUCUGCCCUCUUCCCCCCCCCUCCGUCAUUCACCCUUAUGGCCAGUAAAAAGUGAUGGGGCCAUGGCCCCCUGGUUCCCCUGCAUUCCGGUGCCCCUGAGCUACCCCACUGUUUUUAGCAUGCUGGCUCCAUCAAAGGGAGCACAUGUACAUCUACCCACGCUGGAAAUUGUAGCUCCAGCUUUAAUAGAAACGCGUCCUUAAGGCUACAUUUUUCAAAGUGCCUAAAGAUUGAAGUCAAUGGGAGUUAAGUCCCUUAUGCAGGUGUGGUGCCUUUGAACAUCCCAUUGAAUGCCUCCCUGCAUCUUUACAGGUUUCUGAGGGGUAGCCGUGUUAGUCUGUAUCAGCAAAAAGAACGAGGAGUCCUUGUGGCACCUUAGAGACUAACAAAUUUAUUUGGGCAUAAGCUUUCGCGGGCUAUAACCCACUUCACCAGUGCCACAAGGACUCCUCAUUGUUUUUCCUGCAUCUUUAGGCACUGAAACACCUUUGAAAAUCUAGCUCCUUGUGCCUCAGUUCCCAAUCUGUACAAUGGGGAUAGGAGCACCCAUCCUACACAGUGCAUUAAAGAUUGCGAGGUCUUUGGAUACUAGGCGAAGGGGGGCCUGAUAAGUACCCUUAGAAUACAUUAUUGUGCCAUGAAUGUAGAGACCUUUGUCAUGCUUGAAAUUGUGUUGACAGCUAGUCACUGGUUGGCAUUUUCUGAGCAGAAAAUAUUUUGUUAAUGGUGGGACCUGGGGUGCCUGGGGCAGCCCUCACUGAAAAUGCCAAGAUCAGGGCAGGCGGCAAAAGGAGAACAGAUUCUCCCAAAACUGGUGAUUAACAAUGAAGUUAGACUCCCCAACCAGUCACAAACUCUGCUCCUGAUCCCCCACAUUGGUUGUUGAGAAAAAGAACUCACACAGCCCCCUUCAUUGCAUUCCAGUUCUCUGGCUCCCAAUCAGCACCUAGAUCCAGUACAGUGAGAAGUUAUUUGAAACUCUGCUCACUAUAGAAAAUGUUCUUCUGAACCCCAAAGGGUCAGUCACAUUGCCAGGUC